UUGUUGCUCUGCGGCAUGUGGGAUCUUCCCAGACCAGGGCUCGAACCCGUGUCCCCUGCAUUGGCAGGCGGAUUCUUAACCACUGCGCCACCAGGGAAGUCCCCCACGUAGUUUUAAUUGAGCGUUCCUAGCGGGGGCACUGUUCUCCUUUACAGAAUUCUGAUCUCAUCUGGAGGGUCCUUGGAGGUAAUCUAGCCCAGUGAUUCUCCAUGCGCAUACAUCAGAUUCACCUGGAUGGUUUCCUCAAACACAGGGCUGCCCCGAUGGGUCAUGGCAGUGAGUGAGCAGACCGAGCGCCAGUGGACAAGGAUGGAGAGCCGCACCCAAGAGGGCAGGAAAUGAUGCCCGCCCAUCCCCGCAUAGAAUGACUGCCCAGGGAGAGUGGUUCCCCGGGCCCUGGCAGGGCUGCUGACCCUCGGCCUGCAAAGCGCUAAGAGCACAGGGACUCCAGACUCUUCUUGUGGAUGGUCCCCUGCCCUGCAGCUCCACCAUGAGGCUGCUUGUGGCCCCCCUCUUGCUAGCUUGGGUGGCUAGUGCCAUUGCCACUGUGCCCGUGGUACCUUGGCACGUGCCCUGCCCCCCUCGGUGUGCCUGCCAGAUCCGGCCCUGGUAUACACCCCUAUCGUCCUACCGCGAGGCCACCACCGUGGACUGCAAUGACCUAUUCCUGACAGCUGUGCCCCCGGCGCUGCCCGCAGGCACGCAGACCCUGCUGCUACAGAGCAACGGCAUCGUCCGCGUGGACCAGAGUGAGCUCGGCUACCUGGCCAAUCUCACAGAGCUGGACCUGUCCCAGAACAGCUUUUCAGACACCCGAGACUGUGAUUUCCGUGCCCUGCCCCAGCUGCUGAGCCUGCACCUGGACGAGAACCAGCUGACCCGGCUGGAGGACCACAGCUUUGCAGGGCUGGCCAGCCUUCAGGAACUCUAUCUCAACCACAACCAGCUCUACCGCAUCGCCCCAAGGGCCUUCGCCGGCCUCAGCAACCUGCUGCGGCUACACCUCAACUCCAACCUGCUGAGGGCCGUGGACGGCCGCUGGUUCGAGAUGCUGCCCAGCCUGGAGAUCCUCAUGAUCGGCGGCAACAAAGUGGACGCUAUCUUGGACAUGAACUUCCGGCCCCUGGCCAAUCUGCGCAGCCUGGUGCUCGCAGGCAUGAACCUGCGGGAGAUCUCUGACUACGCCCUGGAGGGGCUUCAAAGCCUGGAGAGCCUCUCCUUCUAUGACAACCUGCUGGCCCGGGUACCGCGGCGGGCGCUGGAGCAGGUGCCUGGGCUCAAGUUCCUAGACCUGAACAAGAACCCGCUCCAGCGGGUGGGGCCCGGGGACUUUGCCAACAUGUUGCACCUCAAGGAGCUGGGGCUGAACAACAUGGAGGAGCUGGUUUCCAUUGACAAGUUUGCCCUGGUCAACCUCCCUGAGCUGACCAAGCUGGACAUCACCAACAACCCCCGGCUGUCUUUCAUCCACCCCCGCGCCUUCCAUCACCUGCCCCAGAUGGAGACCCUCAUGCUCAACAACAAUGCUCUCAGUGCCUUGCACCAGCAGACAGUGGAGUCCCUGCCCAACCUGCAGGAGGUGGGUCUCCAUGGCAACCCCAUCCGCUGUGACUGUGUCAUCCGCUGGGCCAAUGCCACGGGCACCCAUGUCCGCUUCAUCGAGCCUCAGUCCACCCUGUGUGCCGAGCCACCAGACCUCCAGCGCCGCCCAGUGCGGGAGGUGCCCUUCCGGGAGAUGACGGACCACUGCCUGCCCCUCAUCUCCCCCCGCAGCUUCCCCCCCAGCCUCCAGGUGGCCAGUGGAGAGAGCCUGGUGCUGCACUGCCGGGCGCUGGCUGAACCAGAACCCGAGAUCUACUGGGUUACUCCAGCUGGGGUUCGACUGACGGCUGCCCGGGCAGGCAGGAAGUACCGGGUGUACCCUGAGGGGACCCUGGAGCUGCGGAGGGUGACAGCGGAAGAGGCAGGGCUGUACACCUGUGUGGCCCAGAACCUGGUAGGGGCUGACACUAAGACGGUUAGUGUGGUUGUUGGCCGGGCUCCCCUGCAGCCAGGCAGAGGCAAGGGAUGGGGUCUGGAACUCCAGGUGCAGGAGACUCACCCCUAUCACAUCCUGCUAUCUUGGGUCUCCCCACCCAACACAGUCUCCACCAACCUCACCUGGUCCAGUGCCUCUGCCCUCCAGGGCCACAGGGCCACUGCUGUGGCCCGCCUGCCACGGGGCACCCACAGCUACAACAUCACCCGCCUCCUUCAGGCCACGGAGUACUGGGCCUGCCUGCAAGUGGCCUUUGCUGAUGCCCACACCCAGUUGGCAUGUGUAUGGGCCAGGACUAAAGAGGCCACUCCUUGUCACAGAGCCUUAGGGGACCAACCUGGGCUCAUAGCCAUCCUGGUUCUCACCAUCCUCCUGCUGGCAGCCGGGCUGGCAGCCCACCUUGGCACUGGCCAGCCCAGGCAGGGAGCGGGUGGGCGGCCUCUGCUUCCAGCCUGGGCUUUCUGGGGCUGGAGCACCCCCUCAGCCCGGGUGGUAUCUGCACCCCUUGUCCUGCCCUGGAAUCCGGGGAGGAAGCUGCCCAGGUCCUCAGAAGGGGAGACACUGUCACCACCAUUGUCACAAAAUUCCUGAAGCUCAGCCUGUUCUCAGCAGCAGAGAAAUAACUAGGACUACUUUUUACCAGAAGGGAAGCCAUCUGGGCCAGGUACCCUGCCAGGAAAGUAACAUGGGUCCACGUGCUUGAGGCCUGGCAGCUGGACCAAGACAGCCAGCUUUGUGGCCCUAGGGGGUGCUCCUGCGGCCUCCAGAAACGGCCCUUACCUUCUGAGGGCUCCUCCGCUGCCAUUUGAGGAGCAUCUCCAAGGAACAGGAAGGACUCUGGCUAAAGCUGCCCACCUCCCCAGUUGUCUGCGUGCCCAGAGGCUCCUGGGCCUGGAUGUCCCCCGCCUGUGUCCUCAGGCCCUUGGCCCACAGGAUGCGCCCCCUCCUCUUCUCUGUCUCUGUACAGUCUCAGUUGCUUGCUCUUUCCCCUUCUGGGCAAGAGCUGAAGGAGGCCUCUCCUCCCCACCUCGGGGGACUGCUCCCAAAGCGGGGCCCCAGUUGGAUCAGGAGGACACGUGGGAGAGGGAUGCCCAGGAACGCCUCUUCUCGGCACCCUUCUGGCCUGCGCUCUGAGGUUGACUUUCUAUAGGCAAUUUUGUACCUUUGUGGAGAAAUGUGUCACCUCCCCCCAACCCAAUUCAU